UGUCAUAUUACAGAAAGACAUCCCUGAAAAAAUGUCGCACGUUCACAAGCAGUAGGACUUAACGCUCGGGCACUAGGAAGAACGUACUAAGAGACCCAUAUACCUACCAAACCGAACGUCAUCCAAGACUUCGAGGCUAUUGCUAGAACAACCCAUCAUCAGCCUUGCGAUAAAAAUAUCACUUGGGAUAGAUUCGUAAGAACCUUCAAUAACUACAACCUGAGCUCGAGGCUCGUCAUAACUCACAUUAGGCGUAUACUAUGGCAAGCAUUAGAUUACCGGAUCUGACGAAGAGUAGCAUUCCGGUUCUAGCCCUACACGGUUUCUUUGGUUCGGGCUGACACGUGUAGUCCGUCCCUUGGGAUCCUAUCGGCGUUACUACUACAUCGCCGAAUUGGGCAUGAUAAUGGUGGUUUUCUUUGGAGUUUAGCAACGUAACUAGCAGACUAUACGUCACUAGUAUGUUGAAAUGUUAGGUGUUGCUAUAGACAAAGAAGUAUUUAAACGUGUAGAUUCUCUCUUCAUCGUCUCUCCUGUAGCUACUUACUACUUACACAAGCGAGUUCUCUUAGACAUCACGAACACCAAGCUAUAUUUGCUAUAUUUCAGUUCCUAGUAGGGCUUCACUUUUGCUUAUAUCUUCAUCCGCAAUGGCAGCUUUUCAAGUUAGCGGUUACACCAUCUUAGUUGGUGCUGGUGGUGGUAUUGGUACAGAGCUUGGUGCCACAUUUGCUGAGGCAGGCUCAAGGGGUGUUCUCUUCGCCGAUAUCAACUAUGAAGGAGCCGCCAAAGCUGCCGAGAGCAGCAAAAAAGUAGCUCUAGCUAAGGACUACAAAGCAGUGGCUGUGAAGGUGAACGUGACAGACGCCAAGUCAGUGCAAGAGAUGGUCGACGUUGCAGUCAAGGAGUUUGGCAGGAUUGACUACGUCGUCAACGCCGCCGGUGUCGACGGCCGCAGAAACGUUCCGUUUGACCAAGCAGACGUUGCCGAUUUUGAUCGCGUGUUCGACAUCAACGCUAAGAGCAUAUUAUACGUCACUCAAUCCGUUGCUAAGGUCAUGAAGGCUCAAGACUCUGCCAAAAUUGAACUAGGACGUCACGGCGUUAAGGACCUCGGCCGUGGAUCGAUCGUCAACAUUUCUUCUAUCCUGGGAAUUAGCGCCCUGCCCAACAAGGUGGCUUACAUUACCUCCAAGCACGCCGUCGGGGGACUUACCCGAGCUUGCGCUGUUGACUACAAGGCAAUCGGCAUUCGGUGUAAUCAGGUCUGCCCUUCAUGGGUUGACACCCCCAUGUCCCACGAGGAGUACAACCGAAUCCCCCAAUUGCGAGGUCUCAUCGAGCAGCUACCUGCUGCCGGGCGUCUGAUUGCACCCUACGAGGUAGCAUCUGCCUGUCUAUACCUCUGCACGCCGGCCGCGUAUUAUAUCAACGGUAGCACGUUGACUUUGGAUUCGUGUGUCCUAGUUGGACCUGCCGUGCCUGCCGUGGAGUAAUUAUCAUCCUAUAUGCUGUAAGAAUCAUGCGGGGCAAAGGAAAAGAACAUAUGGCGGCAGAUGUCUGCUUUCAGAGUAGUGCUUACGGAAGUGACAAGGAGUCUGAUUCAGUUGAUCUUUUCCAUGCUUGGCAGCUUGAGCUUAGUAGGAUUGCUCGCUCUUUGGAUCUUACUAGGUAACUACAAUAAAAUUAAACGUUAAACUUGUAAA